GGGGCUCUGGCUUCUGUCUGAUUAUGUGCUUUGUCUUUGUUUCCACUUUGUAGGCUGAAGGAGACCAGUUACCUGCAGAACACGCUGUCAGCCCGGACGAGACGUGCAAAAGCAGGGCCCUGAAAGCUGCAACUUUGGAAAAGCUGGUGGAGACGCUUCCAAUGGCAUUUGCGGAUAAUGACUUUACAUACAUCAACAUCUUCCUCUCAACGUACAGGGCCUUUGCUUCCACCAGCACAGUCCUGGAGCUGCUCCUGGACAGAUACGGAAACCUGGAGAUCUCGGGCUCUGAAGAGCGUGGAAGCCAGAAUUCCCCCGGAUCCAGCACAGUGCUCAGGACUGCGAUCGCAUCGAUUUUACAAGCCUGGCUCGACCAAUGUGCCGAGGAUUUCCAAGAGCCGCCCGACCACGUGUGUCUGCUGAAGGUGCUGAGUUAUCUGAAGAAGAACAUGCCCGGCUCUGACCCGGAGAAGAGGGCGCAGAACCUCCUGGAGCAGUUCCAGAAAGAAGAACUGGAGAAUGAUGACGCGUUCCACAGCCUUUCUCCCUGCAACCUGGAUGAGGAAGAGGAACUGGAGAUCAGCGGUGCACAAGAAUUCUCAUUGUUCCAAGAAGAGCUGGUGGCAGAACAGCUGACGUACAUGGACGCGACACUCUUCAAGAACGUUGUGCCCCACCACUGCCUGGGCUGCAUCUGGUCCCGCAGGGACAAGCAAGAGAACAAACACCUGGCACAGAGCAUCAGAGCCACCAUCUCGCAGUUCAACGCCGUCACCAACUGCGUGGUCAGCACCGUCCUGGACAGCAGAGAAUUAAAGACACGGCAACGAGCGAAGACCUUGGAGAAGUGGAUCCGUAUCGCACGUCAAUGUAGGAUCCUGAACAACUUUUCGUCUUUGAAGGCCAUAGUUUCCGCACUGCAGUCCACCUCCGUUUAUCGCCUGAAGAAGACCUGGGCCUGCGUUCCAAAGUAA